AUGGCAUCUUACUUGGAACGUGCCGGUAUAUCCACCUGGUCUCGGGCACAUUUUGUUGGUAAUCGGUAUAACGUUAUGACGAAUAACAUUGCGGAGUCACUAAAUUCAGUCCUAAGGAGACAAAGAAGUUUCCCUAUAAUCUCGUUGAUCGAAAAUAUUACGUCAUUGAUGCAACGAUGGUUUUACGAGAGAAAAAGUGCAUCCACGAAAUGUAGUACGACUGUGACACCAAAAAUUGAUGAUGAAUUCAGAAAAUCAUUCAACGCCGGUGCAACUUUACCAGUACGAAAUUUGGACGAACUCGUUUUUGAGAUAGAUGCGACAAAUCCUAUGUUCACAUGCAUUGAUGAUGAAUUCAGAAAAUCAUUCAACGCCGGUGCAACUUUACCAGUACGAAAUUUGGACGAACUCGUUUUUGAGAUAGGUAUAGCUACCGAACUUUGUACUGUCGACCUUAUAGGUAACACAUAUUCAUUUCGAGAGUUUCAGAUGCGACAAAUCCUAUGUUCACAUGCAUCCCGAGCUGCUUACGCAGAAGAAAAAUCAUUGUAUGAUUUGUGCUUCCCUUACUACACCACAAAAUAUUGGCGAGCUGCGUACAACGAAGUUCUUCAUCCCGUUGGUCGAGAGUCAGAUUGGAAUGUCAUAAUGGAUACAAACAAGAGAGGCCAGGUUUGGAGUAUAACUACCAACAAGGGAAAUGGUGCUUAUACACAAUAUGGUAAUGGAUACAAAAGCAACCCAUGA